AGUCUGCUGUAUAACUUCACCUUUGGCAGUGAGAAUAUUUCUUCUAAAAAGGAACGAUAAGUUUGACUCGUUUGAAAUUCGCGGCAAUAUAAACGUAAUUUUGAUUAACGUAAUUGGGUUUCAAGUUGCUUCACAACAGAGGCUUGUUUGAUCGUGCCGCCUGAUGACUUCGCGUUUUGUCUUGGCAAUGUGAGCGUCGUGAAAAGGCACACGUUCGCGCCAUAUUGUUUUGCUGAUAUCUAUGACGUAAUCCACCAGAAAUCGCUCUGGAACGCCCAGCUUUCAAAAUUCAGAGGCAAGCUCUGAUUGGCUGCGGUGUGACACGUGACCAACGGUCGCGGGAAGUUCUUCGCCACGCGCGUCACGGGAAGAACUCGUUGCUUGACUCAUUCAAAACUUUUUGUAAACAUAAGUAAGGUUUAAUCGAGGAAAGACGUCGGUGAGUCACCGGGACGUCGGUGGACCGGACAGCCGCACUGGAGUUAACGGACUGAGUACUUUUAUUCGUUUUUACUUUAAUACUUUGGACGUUACAUGGAAUACGGCUCGUGAGAGGCCAUUUCUUAGCGUUUCUCCCCGUGUUGUUGGGAGUUAGCAAGAAGAAAGUUAACGCUGGAGAUUAAAAAACGUCUUAACCGAUACCUUUACGUGAAGGUAAAUAGAAGCAGACUACUUUUCUGUGGUGGGUAUCCCCGGUAUUUUUUUUUUUUUUUUUUUUUUAAUUUUUUGGUCGAUAAUCUCGGGGUUUAAAUCUUGAAAAUGUCGAGUUACAGUCGCCAUCGACACGGAACCCCCUCCCCUAAGUCUCGACCCAUCCGUCAGAAGUUAAAGUUCACUUCCAGCGAUGGAGAGGACGACCCUAUCGAGGAUGUGAACAACAGCACCGGCGGAGAGUCCGGCUUCACGGAGAUGGAUUCCCCCACGCCAUUGCGACGGGACACUGUCGGGAAGCGGCUGGAGGGCAGCUGCAGCCCCCUGAAUCAGUCCGGUGGGGACGACGACGUGGAGCUGUGGGACGAGGAGAGUCUCGGUUCCCCGUCUCUAAUCUGUUCACCGAGCAGUGUUAUUUUUAAAAACUGUUCACCGAGCAGUGUUAUUUUUAAAAACUGUUCACCGUCAUCCAAGAAAGUGUCCCGGUUGUUCGGAGGGUCGCCUGAAGCUGGAAGGAGCUUCCAGGACGACGGAGAAGGAUCCAGCUCUCCGAUCCCGGACUGCCCGGACACACCUCCGCACAAAACCUUCAGGAAACUCCGGCUCUUUGACACGCCGCACACCCCGAAGAGUUUGCUUUCCAGAGCCAGAGGUUCUGCACCAGGAUCCUCCAGCAGAAGAGUUGCUCUUUUUAAAAAUGUUGAGUCUCCAAGAAAGCCAGCCUCGGACAGUGGCAGGAGACCGCACAUCCCGCUGGUCAACUUUAACCCCUUCACCCCCGAUUCCCUCAUCAUCCAGUCAGCCACACAGGAGAGGAACAACAGGAAGAGAGCACACUGGAACGACUCCUGUGGAGAAGACAUGGAGGCAAGUGACGGUGAAGGCAAGGAUGAAGUCCUCCCACCAUCGAAGAGGAUCACCAUGAUCGAGAGCAACACCAUGUCGCGCUAUGCCUCAGAGUUCCUUGAGCUGGAAAAGAUUGGCUCAGGGGAGUUUGGUGCUGUGUUUAAGUGCGUGAAGAGGCUCGACGGCUGCAUCUACGCUAUCAAGAGAUCAAAGAAGCCCCUGGCAGGAUCAGUGGAUGAGCAAAACGCCCUGCGGGAGGUGUAUGCCCAUGCCGUGCUGGGCCAACAUCCACACGUGGUGCGGUACUACUCCGCCUGGGCCGAGGACGACCACAUGCUCAUCCAGAAUGAGUAUUGCAAUGGUGGCACGCUGUCUGAUGUCAUCACAGAAAACUUCAGGUGCCUGUCCUACUUAUCUGAGCUGGAGCUGAAAGAUCUGCUGCUGCAAGUCUCACGCGGGCUCAAGUACAUCCAUUCCAUGUCCCUGGUGCACAUGGAUAUCAAACCUAGUAACAUCUUCAUCUCACGGAAACCUGUACCAAGUUGUGAUGACGUGGAUGAAGAGGAUGGUGUAGCGACUAGUGUCAUCUACAAGAUUGGUGAUCUUGGUCAUGUGACCCGAGUAAACAAUCCACAGGUCGAGGAGGGUGACAGUAGAUAUCUAGCCAACGAAGUUCUACAAGAGGACUACAGUAACUUGACCAAGGCAGACAUCUUUGCUUUGGCUCUGACUGUCAUCAGUGCCUCUGGAGCUGAGCCUUUACCCACAAAUGGGGAAAAGUGGCAUGAAAUCAGACUGGGCAAGCUGCCCUCCAUACCACAGGUGCUUUCUCCAGAGUUCCCCAGUUUGCUCAAGCUGAUGAUCCAUCCUGACCCUACCAGACGCCCAUCGGCCUCUGACCUCAUAAAACAUUCAGUUCUUCUGACGGCUGCCAGGAUGAGUGCGGACCAACUGAGAGUUGAGCUCAAUGCAGAGAAGUUCAAGAAUGCCUUGCUUCAAAAAGAGCUGAAGAAAGCCCAGCUAGCCAGAGCAGCAGCCGAGGAGAAGGUUCUGUCCACGGACAGGAUCCUGACUCGCUCCACAGUCCAGUCCAACCCCAGAUCAUCUAGGCUCAUUGGAAAGAAGAUGAAUCGGUCGGUCAGCCUUACGAUCUACUGAGGCUAAGUUUGUGCGUGAAGCUAAUCACAAAGGCUUCUGGACCUUAUGAUGGGACCUGAUCAGAUGAACAGUGGAGAACCCUGUCUGUUGUGUUGCCCAACCAAAGCUGUAGACACUUGGAACUGGACUUUCUCUCUAUAAGCUCGUUAUAUAGUUCAGCCCUGUUGUGCUUGGACUGCUUUCGUUGAAGAGAAAAACAACCUGAAGGUUGUUGCUUUACCUUCUCCACACAUUCCUUAAGUUUGAACUGAAGUCCAGCUCUGUCCCAGGUGGCCGUUGCACUUCCCCGGCCUGUUGGCUGCAGCGAAGCUCCCUUCAGUGUGAAUGUACUUGACUACGCGGUGUGCACCUUACUGCCUGUCAGAAGCCUGAUGCUGGGUACCAGAGUCUGAACUGACCACGUCUGUCUUUGUAAAGGAGCACUUUGGAGGCAGCGUGUGGUGCAUGCCACAUUUUAAACGAUAAGAAGAAACGUGCUGCUAUUGAUGUUUUGUUUCAGGGAUUGGUGAGUUAAAGUUGGGCUCUUCCUGAAUUUCACUGCCUUUGAUUAUCAAAGAAGUAGCCAUAUUAUGCCUUUAUGUUCCUGGUUAGAAGGAACGUGGACGUUUGAGGACAUCAGCCUACAUGUGUGAACUGUCCUGCCAGUCCUUCCUGUAGCAUUAGAACAAUCAUCGUACUGUGAUUUUGAUGUCCUGUCACCAUGUUCAUAAAGCUUUCAUCAUCUAUUACUGUUUAGAUCAGUAUUUCUCAUCUUUUUGUUUUUGUAUCUCCUAACACACAAACCGUGUUGUGACCUGUAAAUAUGUUCUCUAAUAAACACAUUCCUCUGUUCCAUGUAA